CAACCAAUGGCGUUCUAGAUGCUUCUCGACGAAUGGUAAAUGGUUUGAGAGCGUCACUUUUGUGUUUUGUCACUUUACCUUUCCCCGUGAUAAUUUGAGGAGCUGAGAAGUUUGUGAUUAAAUUUUUAAUUGAAAAAGGGAUUAAAUCGUCAUGGCGCGUACAAAGCAAACCGCACGUAAAUCAACGGGAGGAAAAGCUCCUCGUAAGCAGUUGGCUACUAAAGCCGCUAGAAAAUCUGCGCCUUCCACUGGUGGUGUCAAGAAACCACAUCGUUAUCGUCCAGGUACAGUAGCGCUGAGAGAAAUCAGAAGAUACCAGAAAUCUACUGAAUUGCUGAUAAGAAAACUACCAUUCCAACGUCUGGUCAGAGAAAUUGCACAAGAUUUCAAAACUGAUCUUCGUUUCCAGUCGGCUGCCAUUGGAGCACUUCAGGAAGCAAGCGAGGCUUAUUUAGUAGGCCUUUUUGAAGAUACCAAUUUAUGCGCUAUCCACGCUAAACGUGUCACCAUUAUGCCUAAAGAUAUCCAGUUGGCACGCCGAAUCCGUGGUGAACGAGCAUAAAUCUCACAUAAGCCUCAGUGUUUGAGAAUUUCUGUAGCAUGUAGUUUUCUUUAUAUAUUUUUUCUUAUUUUGAGAAUAACUGCAUUUAACAUAGCUAAAUUUAUGUUCGAACUUUCACUGGUAAGACAUAUGUGAUUCACCAUUCGACAAAAAAAAUGUGUUCAAAUCUUUGACCUUCAAUAUUUCUCUUAAAAAUGUGAAUAUUUAGCAAAGUGGUCGUAGUAGUAAUAUUUGAUUCAUUUCUUUGGAAUGUAAGUGUUAGGAUUAGAUGUUUUUUUUAAUUAUUGAUGUAUCCUAUAUCCCUGAAAUAAAUAAGUAACCGAUU